AAACAAAUGUCGACAUAAGUUUGUCAUAUCUAUUUGCGAUCAAAACAUAAAAUCACAUAACAUGUGCUAAGAAUUUUUGUUAAAAAAAUGGGAAACAUCAAUAAAAAUGUAACUUUAAAUAUUGAAAUACUUGAAACUGGUACGAUUCAAAUAUGCUCUCAUGUAUUUCUCAGAAAAUCAACACAAAUUUAUAACUCUAACUGUAACUUCAACUUAUAAAAUCAAAUAAUAACCUAAAAUCAAAUGAUUUGACAUUUCUUCUUUUACCAAAAUUUACCAUCUCGUUCAAAUUUAUCAAAAUUUAUCAUCUCAGUUCAACUUUAUUAGACUUGGGGAUAGACUUGAAAAAAUUCCGCAGGUUAAACAAAUCAAAAAAUCAAUUGUAAGAAGCUCGAUUUGAAAAUUAUUAUUUAAAUGUUUUAACUUGCCGAAAAAAAGUUGAUUUAUAUUAAAAUUUGAAAGAAAAGUUAAAGUAAUUUAAAAAUUGUCAGUUUAAUCGAAGACUUUAAGCGCGAAAUGGUACAUUUAUAUGUUGUUGGCUGCGGCGGAGUUGGAAAGACGACGAUCAUUAACGAAUUGGUUAAGCAAGAACCCAAAAGGAAAGUUCAACCCAAAAGAAUUUACGAAGUUGCCCGGAAACUUCUGAAAGACAAAGGCAAAUCUGGUGUAGAACUGACCUCAAAUCAAAAUCUUUUCUGGAGUUUUCAAUCUCUUGUAAUCCAAGAGCAGUUACGACGGGAAUCAGAAAUCGAAGCGAGGCAGAAACUUUUUUCGGAUCGAUGUUUUCUGGACGCAAUUAUUUACGGACUUACGUUCUUCCAAGAUAAGUUCAAUCAACGUGUUUUUAAUAGCCUCAAAUCUCUCAAGUUCAUGCCCAACUCUCCCUUAAAAAACUUAAAAGUUGAGAUCUUAUCUCCGUUCUGCAAUAAUGAUGGCGUUUCCAUUGAUACUAUGCUAACUGCACUUGAACGGUACCGGAGGUCUCUUAUUGUACUAGUUCACCCUUGGGGUUGGAAUGGAACGGGUAAAGACGCCUUGGUAAACGAUGGAACCCGCAAAAGCAUGACCUCUAAUGAAGUAAAUGAAUUUACAGAGUUGUACGAAAGUGUUUUGAUACUAUUCGAAGUACCCUUUGUGGCUUUGAAAAGCAAAGAAUUGUCGCAUCGUGUCAAACUUGUGCAGGAUUUGCUUAGCGGAGUUUCUGAGAACCCUUUUGGACGAUUGGCACUCAACGAAAAAUUGACACAUCCCAAAUUGGACAAAAAAGGGCAAUCGGAGAUUUUGGAAAAAGAGGUAAAACAGUUUCAUCGGCAUUUCUACCUUCCCAAGCCAAGCGACCAAAAAUCGGAUAAAGAAGUCCACAAAAUUCAACUCCCGAUGAUAACGAUUUUACCGAAUAUUAUAAAACAGUCGUGGACCACUUUGGACCCUGGAAAAGUGAAUAGGAUUGUUGAUAAAUAUGGUGUUGGAGAUCUGUUUUUGGUCCAAUUUGACAUAUCAGUUGAGCCAGUAAAGGUCGAGUUUAUUCUACAAAAGGGGGUGAAAAUAAACGGCGAGAUUUUCUCGUUUCUGGGUUGCAGCUCGGGUGGUUUGAAAGAGCGAAAGUGCUACCUCAUUAGGGGUGAUAAUUUGCAUGCUGAGAAAAUAAGGAACGAAAACGGAAAUUUCUCCAAACUGAAAACUGUCGCAAAACGAAUAGCGAGGUUUUCACUCCUGCUUUCAAAUGUCAAGAAAACUGGCAUCAAAAUCAGAGACGAUCAAGUUUUAAGCGAAGAUGAUAUUGAAAGAAAUGAAUUGAACUUCACAGACGGCUGCGGGGCAAUAGCUUUAGAAUUAGCAAGGGACGUUUUCAAGGACGUCUACAGGCAAGAGAAAGAGGAUUUGAAGAAAUCGAGCGAAUUCCAACUCGAAAAAAGAAUGUUGAAACACUUGCAGACGAAAGUGUUCGACGUCGGUGCUUCAACUUUGCAUUCAUGUUACAAUAAAACGAACUGCCCAUCGGUUCUACAGAUCAGGUUUCAAGGGUGCAAAGGCGUUUUGGCCCUGGAUAAAAAUCUAGGGUCCUUAUUCGUUCGAGGUAGUCGAACGAAUUGGGAAUCGGACGCUGAAGCUCGUGCAGAUGACGCGGUUAAAGUCCUUAAAAUUCGACCUUCGAUGAGAAAGUUUGAAACUAGUUCGUUUCCGUUCAUUUGCGUGUGCGAUUACUCGAAGCCUUAUACGUUCGGUCAUUUGAACCGCCAGUUCAUUCGACUCUUAUCCUCUCUUGGGGUUCCAGACAACGUUUUUCUGCGCAAACAGGAAGAUCAUCUCAAAAGAGUCAAAAACAUGACUUCGAAUCUUGAAGACGCCUUAGUCGUCCUUCAAUGGCAGAAAAAGUUCCAUUUAGCCGAACUGCUGAUUUGGUAUCGAAAGCAAAAGGAGCAAUCAAGUCUGGCAAAAGAUGAUAACGAUGACAAAGAUUGCAGUUUAAACGAAGUAUGGACCUUCAUUGAAAAACAGCUGAAAGACGUUCAGCGAAGAAUCGUUUCUCAAGGUCGCAAAGACAAAGUAGACGCUCCGAAUCUCAAGGUUCCUGGCGCUACAGAAUCAGUUGAUAACUCCAAAUUUGGGAAGAAAGCGGAGAAACUGAAGCUACUGAUUCCCGAAUCUCGAACCCUUUUCGGAAUAUGCGAACCAACACAACUCGGUCAGAAAACAUUCAAUUUGAAAUACGGCGAGUGUUUUGUUCGAGUAACUGUCAACGGCAAACCGGAAACCAUCGUGGGUGAUGUCGUCGUCUCGAAAAAUCCCGCCUACCUGCAGGGAGACGUGAGAGUGUUGCAUGCUGUGUCAUAUCCGGACUUGGAGCGAUAUGACCUGUUAGUAGAUUGUAUUGUUUACCCUGUUGUCGGUCCAAGGCCUCAUUCGGUCGAAAUCGCCGGAAGUGAUUUGGAUGGUGAUGAGUAUUUUGUAUGCUGGGACCCAUAUCUGAUACCUCCAAAAAUUGUGGAACCCUAUGGAUAUCCUGCGUACGAGGCAACCACUUCUAGGCAGGACUUACAGACUAACGCUUUAAGUGAACAAGAAGGACUUCAAAAAGAUGUUCAAGAAAUGGUGAAAUAUUUUUCAAUUCAGAAUGUGGCUCAGAAAAAAGUGGGAAGAAUUAGUUCGCUCUUUGAUAAAUGGGCUGACAGAAAAGGCGCGGGGUCCGAUGAAUGUGCACAAUUAGGUCAGCUAUUUGCUCGAGCGGUUGAUUCGGCUAAAUCAGGGGAAAAAAUCAACAUCCACGAGAAUUUAGAACUACACGAUGAUGAGGCUGUAGACGAAAGGUUUGUUUGGCAGGAAAUGUCUUCUAUCGGGUAUCAUUUUUCGCUAGAAAAUUCUAAGGUCAUGUUAGGUGAUUUGAAGGAUUUGUCCGAAGAGUUUCUCCUUGGAUUUAUUUCGGACCGAAACUCCAACUUAACCGAAUUCGAAAAAUUUUGCCUAGUCAUGGAUUAUUUGUUUGUAAAAAACGAUUCUACUGAAAAUGCAGAAAAGUUUGCAUUCGAAUUUUUCUCGAAGAGUUCAUUUGCUGAGGCUAUCAAUUUCGGCCUUUUUCGCUCGUAUGAAAAAGGAAGAGCUAUCAGCGAAUUCAAAUUUCCUAUUCAUUUUGUCAUGAACUCUCUGCCCUGGAAAUCGAGAAUUCUCACAUCCGAACAAAUGUUGACAAGUUUCACUGAAAAGUUCAACUUUCACAACGAAAAUGCGUUUCCAUGGGAACUUUAUUUUCACUGGACAAGCGGAGAAAAUUGGCAAACUGAAAUAAAACUACAGGAACUGGUCGUCCGAGCAGUUGACGGGUUUUCCGACGUUCUAAUCGCUCUCCAACUUCCCGAUGAUGUAUGUUUUGUGCUGCGAUUUCAACGAAACUCAAACCUUAGGAUCUUGCAGCAUCAAAUUGGCGGGAAAAUUUCAAUCAAGGACAAACUGCUUUCAGAAUUGGGUACCGAAGUAUCGUGUUAUUUUUACUCCGGUGGGUUCAAUUAUGCAGAUCGAUACCAAAUGACGGAAGCUAAGUUGAACUUCAAAGUUGAUUUCGAGAACAAUGUAUUGCAACUUUAUCGCGGAUCUAAACAAGGGACAUUUCUUCAGUUCAAAAUGAGAGAACAGCCUGUUCCAUCUAACAGGCGAAGCAAGAUAAAGGGACAAAAACAAGAUGACGAUUUAGGCCAAAUGCACAGUAUUUCAGUUGACCUGACCAGUUUUCCUGUUAUUAAUAGGUCAAAUACGAGACACCCUUUGGUCCGAAAAGUUCCCGUAACUGCCAUAGAGACUUUUGUUUUCAACCGAAAAGAUAAGAAUUUUAGUUCAAAUUGCAGGCCUGCUGUUUCGUAUUUCGACAUCAACGAAUAUAGGAUAGAAAAAUCAAUCAACGAAAUGAAAUCCGAAACUUCAUCUUUUGAAUGUUUUGUGGACGAUAUGAAUGUGAACUAUAAAGAGUUUGAGAAAAUCUUACUCGAAAGCAAGUUAGACAGUCUCUUUGGAUCCGCAAGUCCUGAUGAUGUUCGAAAGGUGGCAGACGUGGACAACCUAUUUAACUUUUUCGAAACUGUAAGUUUUGAAUUAAAGACGAAAUCCCUAUGCUGGCGGGUAGAACAAAAGCUGCAGAACAUUUUGGACAAAUUUAAAGAAAAUUUUGCGCUUGAUUUCACAGUGCUCGUAAAAAUUAUUCGCAUUGUGAGUGGACUUGGUUUUUUAGAACUUACGAACUAUGUGCUCGGAAGAAUUGUGGAGGAAAGUCAGAACAAAUUAAACAUAGGACAUAUAAAAUCGCCGGUUAACCAUUUAUGGCGAUUCUGCUCGGACUGGAAACUGAUCGCGUGCGAUUUUUCUCUUGAUGCAAGCAAAGUUUCAAUGAGGCUGAACACAAUUUUAGACUUGAACUUGAUUGAGACGUCUAAACGGGACGCUUAUGUCUUUCGAAUGAUAAAGCGCGAAUAUGCAUCUCUUGGUGAGGAGUUCUCAGAAAAACGAAAGCAGUUAAAUUUCGCAAUAAAUGCCAAAACGGGAGUGAUUCAAAAUUCAGUGCUAAAACGAGAUAAUUCAGAAUCAAUCGGGAGUCUUAAAAUCCAAGCUUGUAGAACUACAUCAAAUAAUUCUGCUGCCAAUAUUAAUGACUCUAGAGAAAAGACGGGUGCUCCGAAUGGUAGCAAAAAUGUCGAAAAAAACGAAGUUACUUUUUACAAGCUCGAUGACAUGAGUUUAAUGUGGCCAAGACAGUGGAUGGGAAAAUACGUGAUGGUUCAAAUUGACAAAUCGGACAGAAAAAUUGAUAAAAAGAAUCACCAAAGGCCUCAGCAUGUGUGGAAGAAAAAAGGGCUGAAAUUUUGUUGGUCUGAACAUGAAAACGACGGCGAAAUUGAGUCAAACAGCGGCGGUACUGGUGACUUCAAAAAUGGUUUUGACAUGAACAAUGCUGAUUAUCCUAGCCUUUCCGAGGCAUCAGAAAUAGAGAAAUCAGGAGUUGCCCCGCCUUCGAGAGAUGAAAGAGCAGUGAACCAAGAAUCCUGCUCUGAAGGUAUUGCAUGUUUAGGAAGAGUUACCAAAUUUCAGCGUGUUCCAUUCUAUGUCACAGUCGAAAUAGUCUCACCGACUGAUAAUUUCAAAACAUCAACCAAUAAAAGACCGGAAAAGAAUCUGUGCUGUAGAAUUAUGCAGAAGUGUGUUGAAGGCGAUGAUAUUGGAGUGAAAUGGCGUCUUACUCUGGUCCAGGCUAAUGUAGUGACGUUUUCGCGAGUGAUGGAUGCUUUGAAAACACUAAUGUGUACCAAAAAUGAAAAUGAUUUGUCAAAAGAAACCGCUCCAGUUGCCGAAGUUACCCAAGAAAACGAAGAAACAACAGAAAAUUCUGAAAACAAAACAGAAAAGAAGUUUACAAAGCAAUUUGACGAUUCACUUGUUCCUUUCAUAGUUUGCUCAGACGAUCAAGAAGCUAUGAAAGAAAAGAUACCUGCUUUGAAAACAUCGCAUCUUGGAGUUGAGGGUGCAUUUGCGAAAGAUUUGAACGAAAGCCAGAAAUUGGCGGUAAAAAUAGCAAGAGAGAAUAGGGUUUCAUUAAUUCAUGGCCCGCCCGGCACUGGGAAAUCAACCACAGCUUGUGCCAUAGUUCGAGAUGUUUUAGCAAAUUUCGAUUUCCAGAAAGUUCUAGUCUGCGCUGAAACUAAUCUUGCGGUUGACAACUUGGUUUUGAAAUUCUAUGAAACUUGCCAUAAUGAAGCUCAGAUUGAACCAGAAGUUCAAAUCUUAAGACUCAAAUCGCGCGAAGAGAAAGAUUCGCACCGCGGUUUAGAUGCCGAAAACAUCGAUCUAGUCAAUAAGUUUUCACUCGAAUCAAAACUCGUCGAAAGAUCUGAAGAAAGAAUCACUUCACGAGAAACCAAUUAUUUAACGAAUAAGCAGAAGAAAAUUGUUAAAGAAAUUUUAGACGAAUCUGUUGUAGUUUUCACAACUUGCGCAGGAGCAGGCGACCCGCUUUUAAACAACCUCAAAUUUGAUUUCGUCAUUAUAGACGAAGCAACGUUAAGCCGAGAAGGGACUACGCUUUGUGCAUUGCAACAUGGCUGUUCGCACUUUGUGCUAAUUGGCGACCCAAAUCAACUUGGACCUGCCAAUCAAAACGCAGACUCGAAACUAAAAACGGCUGAAAAUUUGAAUGAAGAUGAAAACUCUUCACAGGAACUGAGACAACACGACACUUUUUUCCACAAAUUUUACGCGAUGCCCGAAGUAUUUCCAGUUGCGUUUUUAGACACACAACAUAGAAUGCAUCCUAAGUUAGCGGCUUUCCCCAGCAAAGAAUUCUAUGAUUCGAAGCUGAAAACUCCACAAGGGUUUGAAAACAAGCGCUUGCUGAAACUUGGCGAAUUUUUGGAUCAAAACCCUGCGCAAAAAAUCUCGGAGCUAAUUUGGUGGCCAAGUUCUGAAAUGAAUUCAAAAUUAAAAGAACCUCUUUGUUUCGUAAAUGUCGCUGACGGCCAAGAAAAUAGACAGGGUACUUCUUGGUAUAACGAGCGAGAAGCGAUUGUCUUGGCCAAUAUUUGGGUACAGCUCAUUCUUAGCGGAACUGUCAAGUGUUAUCAAAAGGUUGGCAUUAUAACAUUAUACAGCGGACAAGUUUACAAAUCGCGCGAGAUAUUUACGAAAGUUAUUAAGAACUUACGAAUCGACUAUCCGAAAGCUGACUUUGAGAAAUUCCCGACAAAUUUGCCCGAAAUUAACUCGGUCGACUCAUUUCAAGGGCGCGAGAAUGACGUUAUAAUUGUAUCUACAGUUCGUACCGGGUUGAAUUUGGGUUUCAGUGGAGAUCGAAAUCGCCUUAAUGUUUUGCUGACCAGAGCGAAAAAAGGUCUCUGUGUUGUGGGAAAUCAAGGUGCUCUUCAGAACUCGGAGGAGUGGAACAAAUGGCUCAAAGAAGUUUGUAUCAUCGACAGUGCUCAAAUUAAAUAGUGCUCAUAGAUAGAAGAGAACUAGUUUUUAGAACUGGCUUUUGAAGAAUCAUUUUGUCGAAUUCUGAUAAUUGUAGUAAAACAGUAUUUAGAAAUUUAUUUAUAAUUUUAAAAUCAUUUCAGAAAUUACAUAUAUUUCCUAAUUGUAUUUGAAGUUUCAAUUGUACAGCUCUAUCAAAUUGUGAUGAGUGA